AUGACAAACAGCCAGACCGACAGCCGGACCAACAGCCAGACCGACAGCCUGACUGACAGCCAGUCUGACAGCCAGACCGACAGCCAGACCAACAGCCAGACCAACAGCCUGACUGACAGCCAGACCAACAGCCAGACUAACAGUCAGUCUGACAGCCAGACCGACAGCCAGACCAACAGCCAGACCAACAGCCUGACUGACAGCCAGACCAACAGCCAGACUAACAGUCAGUCUGACAGCCAGACCGACAGCCAGACCAACAGCCAGACCAACAGCCUGACUGACAGCCAGACCAACAGCCAGACUAACAGUCAGUCUGACAGCCAGACCGACAGCCAGACCAACAGCCAGACCAACAGCCAGACCAACAGCCUGACUGACAGACAGACCAACAGCCAAACUAACAGCCAGUCUGACAGCCAGACCGACAGCCGAACCAACAGCCAGACAGACAGCCGGACCAACAGCCAGACCGACAGCAGGACCGACAGCCAGACCGACAGCCGGACCAACAGCCGAACCAACAGCCAGACCGACAGCAGGACCGACAGCCAGACCGACAGCCGCACCAACACCCAGACCGACCGCCGAACCAACAGCCAGACCAACAGCCGGAUCAACAGCCGGACCAACAGCCGGAUCAACGGCCAGACCAACAACCGAACCAACAGCCAGACCAACAGCAGGACCAACAGUCGGACUAACAGCCAGACCAACACCCUGACCGACAGCCGGACCGACAGCCGGACCAACAACCGAACCAACACCCUGACCGACAGCCAGACCAACAGCCGAACCAACAGCCAGACCAACAGCCGGACCAACACCCUGACCGACAGCCAGACCAACAACCGAACCAACAGCCAGACCAACAGCCGGACCAACACCCUGACCGACAGCCAGACCAACAACCGAACCAACAGCCAGACCAACAGCAGGAGCAACAACCGAACCAAAAGCUAUACUGACAGCCGGACCGACAGCCGGACCGCAGGGCAGGCCGGAGACCGCAGGGCCGGCGGCGAGGCGGCCGCCCUCGGGCCUCGUUCCCCACACGCAUCGCGCUCCGUCCCUCUCUGA